AUGAAGCGAAUUCCCGAAAUUGUGGAAGAAAGAGACAAGCUCCCCGGUGGUGCGCGGCGUCCGCCUGGUGAGGCAGCUGAGGUAAGAGGACAAUGUCAGCAGGGGAUCCUCGCCGCCGCAGCUGGGAGAGAGGAUAGUGAGAAGGACGUUGCCAGUUUCCAAUUUGUCAGGCAAAUCAUCUGCCCUGAAUCCCAUCCUGACACGGCUCUUGAGGCAGACGUUGCACGGGUCGAAGGGGUAUGUCGUGAACUUGGAGUCAUGGGCGUCGGUCAGAAAGGCCUGAAGGGGUGA